UAGAAUUAGGAAGUGCACUCCGCUGCCUCAGCGAGGAGAUAGCUAGAGGAGGAGAGGAGAGGAGAGGAGAGGAGUGGAGUGGAGAGAGGGGAUGCUAACGAUGUAUGAAUUCAAGUCAGUUUAUUCUGGCACAUGGAAGAAAAAAGACAUGCAUACUGUGUUACAAACAGAAAUAAGAGGAGGAAACAGCUAGAAAAAAUAUAUAGUACUACAAUUUAUUUGGGGAAGAUAAACAGAAGAAAUGGGACAGUGUUCUGAAGGACGAUACUUGGGCAUCUUGUUUUUGCUUGGACUCUACGCUUCAGGUAUUGCAACGAAAGCAAGUGAAAGUAGCGAUGCCCUACCGGAAUCCAUGCCGUCCGUCCCCGGGACCCUCCCUUACUUCCUGGUGGAGCCAGAAGACGCCUACAUCAUCAAGAGCAAUCCCAUUCACCUGCGCUGUCGCGCCAGGCCGGCCAUGCAGAUCUUCUUCAAGUGCAAUGGAGAGUGGGUGCACCAGAAUGAGCAUGUUUCCGAGGAGAGUGUGGACAAGAGCACAGGUCUGAAGAUCCGGGAGGUGCUGAUCAAUGUGUCUCGGCAGCAGGUAGAGGAUUUCCAUGGUCCGGAGGAUUAUUGGUGCCUGUGUGUGGCCUGGAGCCACCUGGGCACCUCCAAGAGUCGCAAAGCCUCUGUGCGCAUCGCUUACCUGCGGAAGAACUUUGAGCAGGACCCUCAAGGCAGUGAAGUGCCUAUUGAAGGGAUGAUUGUGUUGCACUGUCGCCCCCCAGAGGGAGUGCCUGUGGCUGCGGUGGAAUGGCUAAAGAAUGAAGAAUUGGUCAGUUCAUUCAACGACGAUAACAUAGACACUAGGGCUGAUCACAACCUCAUCAUUAAACAUGCCCGGCUGUCGGACUCUGGGAACUACACGUGUCUGGCCAGCAACAUCGUGGCCACAAGGAGGAGCAUGCCUGCUACUGUGGUAGUGUACGUGAAUGGGGGCUGGUCAUCGUGGACAGAGUGGUCAGCUUGUAAUGUCCGCUGUGGAAGGGGCUGGCAGAAGCGGUCCCGGACCUGUACGAACCCAGCACCCCUCAAUGGGGGGGCCUUCUGCGAGGGCAUGUCGGUGCAGAAAAGCACCUGCACUGCCCUCUGUCCAGUGGACGGAGGCUGGGAUGUGUGGAGCGAGUGGUCAGUCUGCAGUCCGGAGUGUGACCACCAGCGGAGUCGAGACUGCACGGCCCCCUCUCCGAGGCACGGCGGCAAGUCGUGUGAGGGUCCGAGCCAGGAAACAGAGAACUGUACUGAGGGGCUGUGUACACAGAACCGAAAGCUACUUCACAAGGUGAAACCACAGAUUUGGCUUUGUUUCUUUUUUCCAGGUAUUGAGAGUGGCAGUGACGUGGCCCUCUACUCUGGCUUAGCAGCAGGUAUUAUUGCUAUGGCCGUCCUCGUGGUGGCGGUCACUCUGUACCGGAAGAGCCAGAGUGAGUACGGCGUGGACGUCAUCGACUCCUCCGCUCUCACGGGGGGAUUCCAGUCCUUCAACUUCAAAUCCGCACAGCAAGGCAAUUCUCUGCUGCUGAACUCAUCCAUGCAGCCUGACCUGGCAGUGAGCAGGACCUACAGUGGAGCUAUCUGCUUUCAGGACCCCAUGGACAAGGAGCUCAUGACAGAGUCCUCCCUGUUCGACCCCUUGCCAGACAUCAAGGUCAAAGUUCAAAGUUCGUUCAUGGUGUCUCUGGGAGUGGCGGACAGAGCCGAGUAUCACGUCAAGGCUCACCCCGAGACCUUCCCCAGGGAGGUCAACAGAGACUGCAACACCCUCAAUGGCACGAAUGAAACACUGCUGCACCCGAGCCUCUCCACUGUGCCCUCGAAACCCCAGCACAGAACCGCUGGCAUAUUCGGGCAUCUGGGUGGACGGCUGGUGGUCCCCAAUGCAGGAGUGAGUCUGCUGGUACCCCAUGGGGCGAUUUCGGAGGAUACUUCCUGGGAAAUGUACAUGAUCGUUAAUCAAGAGCAGUCAAGCGUGCAGCCAGAGGAGGGCUCAGAAAUUCUUUUAGGCCCAGAGGUGACCUAUGGCCCGCCUGACCUGGCUCUGUCCAGUCCGGUUGCCUUGACGAUAGCCCACUGUGCAGAGGUCAGCAUGGAGCACUGGAGCAUCCGGCUCAAGAGGCAGGUUGAGCAGGACAAGUGGGAGGAAGUGAUGUCGGUAGAUGACGAGUCAACAGGCUGUUACUGCCUCAUUGACUCUCACAGCUGCCUCCUCCUGCUGGAGCAGCCUGGUACCUACGCCCUGGUGGGUGAGCCCCUGACAGAGACUGCGGUCAAGCGUCUGAAGCUGGCUGUGUUCGGAAGCAUGUCCUGCAACGCACUGGACUACAGCCUGCGAGUGUACUGUGUAGACAACACUCCACACGCUUUUCAAGAAGUGGUAGCCACUGAAAAAAGCAGAGGAGGACAGUUACUGGAGGAGCCAAAAACGUUACUGUUCAAAGCAAACACCUUCAGUCUUCAGGUCUCCAUACAAGACAUACCCCAGUUCCUCUGGAACAUCAAGCCCUUCACAACCUGUCAGGAAUUUCCCUUCUCUCAAGUGUGGUGCAGUAACCAGCAGCCUCUGCACUGUGCCUUCUCUUUAGAGCGAUACAGUCCUGCCACUACACAGCUCUCCUGCAAAAUCAGUGUCCGGCAGGUCAAAGGGCACGAGCAGAUUCUUCAGGUCUACACAUCUGUAGUAGAGAGUGAAAAGGAAAGCAUUCCGUUCUUCACGCAGGCUGACUGUACCGUGACCUCUCAGACUGGACCCAAGGCCUUCAAAAUCCCCUUCUCCAUCAGGCAGAGAAUCUGUGCCACCUUCGACACUGCCAACGCCAAAGGCAAAGACUGGCAGCUUUUAGCACAGAAACUCCACAUCGAGAGCAAUCUGGCCUACUUUGCCAAGCAGAAGAGCCCAUCGGCGGUUAUCCUAAACCUAUGGGAGGCCCAGCACCAGGAUACUGGAGAUCUGGACUCUCUGGCAAGCGCUCUAGAAGAGAUUGGCAAAAUCCAUUCCAAAAGCCCAGAUGGAAAUGAGGGUCAAUCUGACAACACAGACUUGAGCUAUUCAGCGUAGCCAAAAUCAAAAGAAAGCCACAGCGGACUCCAGAAGCUAAAACUACAGCAAUGUCUGCCAAGGGCAAGUUUCCGUCGAUUCCAGAGGAAUAUAAUUCUAGGAGUCACGGAGGAGAAGAAGGAAAAUCUUCGAACAGGACUCAAAUAUUAUCGAUCAGAUCAGGAGUGUUUCAGAGCCAGUCAAAGGAAUAGCUGGGAACAGUUGACAACAGAAUUUUAUAUAGUCAAGUCUUGCCUAUAGAUUUCUGUGAUUUUUUUUUUUCUACUUAUCCAAAUAAGCUAGUUGGGUACUUGUAUGUGUUUAGGUCCCAGGGGCUACAGCUAUUCGCUAGAAUAUUCUACUGAAGACCACCAUGUGUUGUCAUUGCUAGGAAAGAAAGAUUAAGCACACGGCACAGUGUGUUUUUGCACCAACACCAGUGCUGGUCAGCGACCUCACAAACACCUGGCUUUUCCAAUAAAACAGAAAGGGUUCCUUCAUGAAUAUGCCCUAUAAGUCAAAGUAAUGUGUUUUGCUGUGUUUCCAUAACACACAUCCUUUUCUACACAGCCUUAUUGAAAAUACCACUGGGAUACCAUUUGGGAUUUGAAGUAGCCCUAUGGAAUCUAUAGCAGAGCAGACCACAUCAUUAGCGGCAAUUGCAACACAAUGUAUUUUGACCCAGUAUUGGUCCUGAUGUCACACUGAUAUGGUACUGCAGAGAAUUGUGUUUUAUUACCAAAAUCUAAAGUUAUAACUGUAGUGUUGUUCUACCAAGUGCCUACCAUUGUAGCUGCCCUUGUUCUACCGUUGUCUAUUAGUACAGACAUUGUCAUAUAGUAGAACAACGCAAUGGGCACUGGUAGCACAGGGUAUGGAGUCAUUGGUAAAAUGCUACCACAGUGGUAACAUUUUCUUAUCCUGUAAAUCGUAAUGUUCUGGACUAUCCAAUACACUGGUAAUGCAUUCCAGUACCAUAGUGCCAUUUCAGUAUGAUUUAAAUGGUGCAUUGUGUUCAGUAUACUUCAUUUCCAAAUGGGGCCGGACCAUCUUUUUAAUUCUUUUGUUUGUAAACUUUAGAUGUAAGCGGCCUGUAUAAAACAUGCAUGGUGUGUCCGAGUAACCUUGGGUGUGUCUAAAUAAGCUUCUUGUCAAACAUUCAUUGACUCAAACUGUUGAACAAUGGGAAGUCUUGAGCGAUGUCCACAUUUAAAUUAGAGUCAAUUUCCCAUUGGUGGGUUUUGAGUCAUUUGGAUCAUCUUUGCUUUGUUUGUGUAACAUGCAACAUUAGCAUUAUUCCAUUGUCUUUAACAUGGUUAAUGCCUCCAGAUUCAAUCAGGUGAAAUUCAAAUGUGAUCAUUUUGAGCCGCUAUGUUUCUUGUGAAAAGCACCUGCAAUGUGAUUGACUAGUCUGGGAAUCACUCUACGGUUUGUCAAGCUGAAAAGCCUUUGUGUCGGUGUGAAUGUCACAUAUGUGACACAAAACAAGUUGCUAUUUUGCUAAGUAUCUCUGCUUUACAGCCUCCCUCCACCCUGGACGUUUUACAAUUUGCGUCCAUUUCUUUAUUUUGGUACCUGCUCUAAAUAGUACCAUGAUAAAUGCAUUAAUCUUUAAGGGUUACUACACAUCAUUCCUAUAGAAACCUUGCCUGUAAUUGUACUUGUAUAUUGAGGUUGUUGUCUAACAGGUGAUUUGCAGUUAUUAGCAGAGUUUCUCUUUCUGCCUCAGUCGUGUAGGUAGGCACUGUAUUUCCUUUGCGAAUUGCCUUUAUAGACUAAGUAUGAGUGGUGCUUGCACAACUCCAGGCAGGAUUGAGGCAGGAUCCUACUGUUCAUUCUUUUGCAGAAAUCUAGGCUCCAUGUUUGCCAUGCAGAUGGUAAGUGGAUGUAUAUGUAAUAGAUGUAUGGGUGUUAAAACAAACUUAAACACUCAAAGCAGAACAUUCCAAUAAUCCAGUUAUUCAAUUAGUUAUUCAAAUGUGUGUAUUGGUAAUCGUUUCAGUGUAAUGUGUGAACUGUCCAGCAGAUGGUUGGUGUAAAUACCUAUCAAGAUGUUGGCUUUAAAGUCGUGCUCGGACAUUUUUCAUGUUCUAAUAGUCUUUCAAAAUUCCAAAGUAUAACUUGUAAAUCUUGGGUGUAAAAUAAACCUGAUACCACCCUUCAAAUUACCUUUAAAACUAAGAAACACUCUUCUGCACAGUAGAAUUGUGAUAUUUAUUUCAGAUGUAAUUUAUGCACUAGUGUUCUUUGCAUCAUUUUGAUAAAUUGUGUUAUUUAAUAAAGUAAGAACAUAGUCAUUUAUGGCAACAUAAUUAAUGUCAAGCAGUGCUUUUUUCAAGUAUUUGAAUAUUUGUCCCUGCAUUAUAUUGAACUAUGUUCAUGGGAAUACAGUCAUGAAUCUGAUGUAUUUCCCUACUUCAACUAUUACCAGGAAAAUGCUAUUUAUUGUAAGCUUGAACCUUAUACUUUUCAACACUUAUUUUCAGGAGCUCACAAAAUACUGUAAUAAUUUAAUCACUCACCUUCUAAGAGAGGUAUUUUUGAGACGAGAUCUUCAUUGGAAUAUCAUGUUAAUUGUACUCUGUGUUGUAGGGGGUUUGCUACCUAAUGCAAUCAUUUUCAAUGUAUUCUUUGUUUCUGACCAACAGCUGACCAAUUGUGGCCAGUGCAGGGUAACACAAAUCACAGCAGAUAAAACAAUUGUCAGUCAUAUGCAGACUUGUAGUCAAGUCUGAGUCACGAGUCCUUGACUUCGAGUCUUGAAUCCAAGUCAAGUCCUUGAAACAAACUCAGAUAAAUGUCCAUUAAACUAGUGGUAGUUGUGAGGGAACAGUUUACCUAACGGAUGUUGUCUGAUAUCCAUCUGGAAAAAUGCACAAAUAAAAAAAAAGAUGAUUUUAAUCUAUUUUUCUAGCUCGAUUAUUCAUUUGCAUGCCUUUUUCAACUUGGCUGUCACUAUCUUUUUUUUUUUCUUUUGGAAUUGGA